CCUGCCCUUUGCUGCAUUUUUUCUGUACUACUCCUAGUCAUUUUGUCAUUGCCAUUGUUAUCUUCUCCGUUUUUUUUCUUCACUCUCUUCAGAACAAGUUAAGAAAGAAGAAUGACUAACCAACAAAAUGUGGUGGUUGUGGAUGUGAAACCCCAUGGUGCUGUUAAGCCACCAUUAUCAUUUCCAGUGGCCAAGUCCUUUUCACCACAAGACCUGAAGUUAUUAUUAAUGAAGAAAAGGUUCGAAACUGAGAAUGCUUGGGUACUGGAUUCCAUGAGAGCUUCUUCACCUACUCGUAUCAGCAACCCUACUACGACUUCCUUACCUGAAACUGAUGUCAAAAGUUCCUGGAUUGUCCAUCAUCCCUCAGCUUUGAACAUGUUUGAACAAAUAGUGACUGCUUCAGAAGGGAAACAGAUUGCGAUGUUCCUUGACUACGAUGGCACACUGUCACCAAUCGUUGAAGACCCGGAUCGAGCUUUCAUGCCCAGAGAGAUGAGAGCAGCUGUAAGAGAUGUUGCAAGAUAUUUUCCUACUGCAAUACUCACCGGAAGAUGCAGAGACAAGGUUUACAGCUUUGUAAAACUAUCUGGACUUUAUUAUGCUGGUAGCCAUGGUAUGGAUAUCAAGGGACCAUCCAAAAGUUGCAAAGACAAUAAUAAUGGUAAGCAGGGAGUGCUUUUCCAGCCUGCAAGUGAAUUCUUGCCCAUGAUUGAUGAGGUGUACAAAGCAUUGGUAGAGAAAACAAAUUCCAUUCCAGGAGCCAAGGUGGAAAACAACAAGUUUUGUGUUUCCGUACACUAUCGAUGUGUUGAUGAAAAGAGUUGGGCUACAAUAGCUGAGCAAGUUAGAUCAGUGCUGAACCACUACCCUAAGCUUAAAUUAACUCAAGGGAGGAAGGUAUUAGAGAUACGUCCCACUAUCAAAUGGGACAAAGGGAGAGCCCUUGAAUUUUUGUUGGAAGCACUAGGAUAUAACAAUGCAAAUGAUGUUUUACCAAUUUAUAUCGGCGAUGAUAGAACUGAUGAAGAUGCUUUCAAGGUUUUACGUGAUAGAGGACUAGGAUUUGGGAUUUUGGUUUCAAAAAUACCCAAAGAAACUAAUGCAUCCUAUUCUCUCCAAGAACCAUCUGAGGUUAAGGAGUUCUUGCGACGUUUGGUGGAGUGGAAAAAGUUGUCGCUACAAACACCCAUAAUUGGCUAAAAUUAAGUGCUUAUAGAGGACCUUGCUGAAUUAUUUAAUGUUCUGGUUUAGAGAGAGUUUUUAUAAUUGUAAUUAAAUACCAGUGUUCAGAGGCUGAUAAAAAAGAAAAAAGAAAAAAAAGAAUUGUUCCAUUAAUUUGGAAAUUCUUUAAAUCGACUAA